AUGUACCGCCAAAUAAAAUUAGCUCCGGAAGAUCGGCAUUUCCACAAGAUACUUUGGCGCGAGAAUCUAAAUGUCCCCAUGUCUGCAUCCUACCUGGCCAUCAAAUCACUUCACCAAUUAGCGGAUGAUGCAGGCGCCCAGUUUCCCCGCGCAGCAACUGUACUGAAAUCUGAUUUCUACGUUGACGACCUUUUAACGGGAGCCGACACGGUAGAGGAGGCUACUCUAGUUCGCGACCAGCUAAUCGAGUUAACAAAAAAGGGUGGCUUCGAAUUAAGACAAUGGUCGUCAAGCAAUGUAAAGCUGCUACAAUCCGUAACUGCUUACAAUGAAAGCGACUGUACAAACAUAAUUGCAGACGAAUUUAGAAAAACGCUUAGUCUGUACUGGAGCCAGGUACACGACACGCUCGGUUACGCGGUGAAAAGGCAUGAGCCCCUUAGGCAGGUAACAAAGCGCGCCAUACUGUCACGCGUGGCUCAACUUUUUGACCCGUUAGGUUUGUUGGGGCCCAUUAUCGUCAAGGCCAAAAUAUUCAUGCAAAAGCUCUGGCAAGUAGGCGUGAACUGGGAUGAAUCCAUUCCAGAAACGUUACAUACCGAAUGGAAAGUUUUUGAAUCGCAAUUGAAAAACAUUCGGGAAUUGUCAAUACCGCGCAGAAUCAUCUGCGAUAAGCACAUCGAGUUGGAACUACACGGGUUCUGCGAUGCCAGUGAGAAAGCGUACGGGGCAUGUAUAUACAUGCGUUCCACUAACACAUCCGGACAUCACUUCGCGUAUUUAGUCUGCUCAAAAAAUAGUGUCGCGCCCCUAAAACUACAAUCUUUACCGUGCCUAGAAUUAUGUGCCGCGGUACUACUUGCAAAAUUAUUUAGCGCCGCGGAAAAAUCCCUCAAAAUAAGAACAAAACAGAACGUUUUUUGGACAGAUUCAAUGAUUGUAUUACACUUUCUAAAAACCCCUCCUCACACCUUAAAGGUAUUCGUAGCGAAUCGUGUGAGCGAAAUCCAGCAAUCAACGGAUGAGGGUCAAUGGCGUCAUGUUCCGUCGCAGGACAAUCCAGCUGAUUGCUUAUCGCGGGGUGUAGAGCCGUCGGAAUUAAGAAAUAUCAAUGAUUGGUUUUCCGGUCCUCAAUGGUUGCGACAAGCAGAGGACAAAUGGUCGUUUAACGCGUUGCUACCUGCCGAGGUGCCGGAGCGCCGUACCGUAGUGUCCCUGGCUACAGCCACUCCUACAAUUCCAAUCAUAAACAGAUUUUCGGCCUUGGGGCGAUUAGAACGUACCAUUGCAUAUUGCCUUCGAUUCCACCAUAUUUUAAAGACUAAACAAAGGCAAACGGGACCCCUUAGCUUAGACGAGUUGAAACUCGAGCGGCAAAGAAUCCUAAAAUUCGUUCAACAAACAGAAUUUGCCGAUGAUAUCAAAUCACUAAUCAAAACACCACAUUCAUACAAGGGUAAACUUCGAACAUUAAACCCGUUUUUGGACGAAAAGGGAAUUUUGCGCGUGGGGGGUCGCAUCAUCAAAUCCGAUGCUACGUACGAUGCAAAGCACCCAAUCCUCAUACCGGCAAAACACCAUCUCACGGCCCUGAUCAUUCGCCACGAGCACCUGCGGCACUUCCAUGCAAGCGUCUUAGGCACCUUAAACGCGGUUCGGCAGAACUAUUGGCCAAUUAAUGGCAUACAAGCGGUGAAACGGUGCAUUCGUACCUGCGUAUCAUGCUAUCGGGCAAACCCGAAAAUAACAAACUACCAAAUGGGCAACCUACCCAAAGACCGCAUUACCUUUAACCGUCCAUUUUCAAGGGCUGGUAUCGAUUACUGCAGCCCAUUUUUUAUAAAGGAAAAGCGCGUACGCAACACCAAAACCGUAAAGGCAUAUAUAGCCGUAUUCGUGUGCUUCUCGACGAAGGCGGUACACCUUGAAUUGGUCGGCGAUCUGACCACAGAUGCAUUUUUGGCGGCCCUCAAAAGGUUUUUCGCGAGACGGGGAAAGUCGUCCGAUAUUUAUUCGGACAAUGCGAAGACAUUCGUCGGUGCUGAUCGCGAAUUACGCGAAGUGCACAGCUCGUUCAGAGCCUCAAUCACCGACAGCGUCAUACAACACUACGCUAUCAAUAAUAACAUCACGUGGCAUUUCAUUCCCCCGCGCGCGCCCAACUUUGGUGGAUUAUGGGAGGCAGCGGUCAAGCAGGUAAAACGCCACUUACUCAGAUCCGUCGGGAAAACCCUGCUAACAUACGAGGCCAUGACCACAUAUCUCGCAGAAAUUGAAGCCAUACUAAAUUCUCGCCCACUCAUACCACUAACAUCCGAUCCGAACGAUUUUACCGCCCUUACGCCCGGUCACUUCCUUAUCGGCGACUUGAUCACCAGUAUCAAUGAGUCGAACGUUACGGAUGUUCCAACAUCCAGACUGACAAUGUGGUAG